CAUCGGGCAUCUUCUAGGCAACACCACCAUCCAACACUCACCAUGACGCCCGAGGCUGGGACGUCGACCCUGCCUGACCAUGCCUCGCACUCAGCUGCAACGCAGGUCAAGCCCCUGACGGUCGUACUCAAGCUCGGAACCUCGUCCGUACUGAAUUUGGACACCCUCACCCCACGUCUCUCCCUCCUCUCGUCCAUCGUCGAGACCUGCCAUGCACUGCGCCUCGCUGGUCACCGUGUGGUCAUUGUGUGCUCUGGAGCGAUCGGAAUCGGGAGGAUGAGGAUGAAUGUUCGCGCUAAACCCGAUACGCUAGGGGAGAGGCAAGCGCUUGCUGCUCUGGGCCAGCUGAGGCUGAUGGCAUUGUGGGACAAUCUCUUCAAUCAGGUUGGCAUCUCCGUGGCUCAGGUACUGCUGACCAGGAAUGACAUCGCAGACCGACCUCGCUACUUGAACGCAAAAACCACGCUCCACACCCUGCUGCACACUUAUCAAUCCAUCCCCAUCGUCAAUGAGAACGACACCGUCUCCGUAUCAGAGCUGCGUUUCGGAGACAACGAUACCCUCUCUGCCAUCACUGCGGGACUUGUGGAUGCAGACUAUCUCUUCCUUUGUACAGACGUCGAUGGACUAUACACUGGCAAUCCCCGGUCAAAUCCUAAUGCUAGGAGAUUGGGCGUGGUCAGGAGCGUGCAGGAAGCUCGGAAAGCUGUGUCGGUGGAUACUCCCGGCUCCUCCUUCGGUACAGGCGGAAUGCAGACAAAGCUCAUUGCCGCCGAGCUAGCCACAGCAGCAGGCGUAGCCACCGUCAUCAUCUCCUCGGAUCAUCCGCCAGACAUGCUCUCCGUAGUCGCACGCGGUAUUCCUCCCACAUCGAAACACACCUCAGCCGCCCCACAACGUACAAAAUCAAACGAGCCGGCGGCAGAUCUAGCCUCAUCUAUCUCCUCUCUUACGUCAGAGGAAUCUUCUCUAAUAGGCUAUCCUCCUCUAGCAAAUCCAGCUCAUACCCUCUUCCUGCCCCAGUCCACUCCGUUACCAUCGAGAAAAUGGUCCGUGCUGCAUGCCCUGCAUCCCACGGGAGCAAUCAUCAUCGACGAAGGUGCCUACAAGCGGAUCAGCAAGCAGGAAAGCGGAGGAAGGCUCUUGCCAGCUGGUGUAGUGGAGACGAGGGGACACUGGGAGAGGAUGCAAGCUGUGCGGUUGAUGGUUCGGAGAAAGGCGGCGGAUGUAGAAGAUACCAAGAGCAGCGCUGAUGCUGCAGAGGGCAAGGGAGAAUCGCUCAUGGACCGCAUCAAGGAGAAUUUGGGGGUGGCAGCAGAUGCUGCUCCCACUGCUAGCGAUUCCAAGGGAAGCGGUCUGGCCACUCCCCCACUCGUCGAAGCGCUCCAUACAACUACUUCUCCUCCCUCCUCUGUCCCUUCAACCGCCCAACAAACACGGCCUCCUCCUCCUCCUCCUCCUCUCUCGCGCAGCACUACCACAAGCGCAAGCGCCAGCGCCAGUGUCGCCGAAGAAUCCUGGCACAUCGUCGAAGUCGGUCGAUGUCUAGCCAACUAUACUUCAGAGGAAGUGAGCAAGAUGAAGGGACUACGGAGUAGCGAGAUUGAGAGGGUGUUGGGAUUUGCCGACAGCGAGUAUGUGACUGAUACGGUUGUUAUGCUUGAGAGGGGUGAAGCGGUUGGCACAAAGGCAUGA